CAAAGAUCCUCUUAUCCUGUCAAUCGGUCUCUCUUUUGAUUCAUCGAUUUUGAGAGCCCAGAGUGACGAUGAAGAUCAACUUAUGAAGUUCCGAUUAAGUGAUCCCGAUUGACUCUUGUUCCUAAAAACGAGGAUGUUAAUGUGUGGAAAAAUGGAUCCUGUAGUGUAUUGAGAAAUUUUGAAACUCCCAUCAGAUCCUCUACUUCGACCUACAAGCAGGCUGUUUUCUCUCGCAACCCGAGAAAUCGUUGGCUGUACUAUUCUGUAGGCUUGUUCCUUUCCUUUGUCCCAUGGAUACAUAGUUUAGCUCUUCAUUUCAAAAGUUGCAGCGGAGUUUAUUUGUUAGUUAGAUUUUUCGUACAAAUCCUUGGCUUGUCUCUUUUUGAGUUUUUCAAAACAUACAUACAGUUAUCCAAACGCGACUUUUUGUCGUAUCCAAACGAGAGUUCCAUGAUAUGUUCCCCUCUAUUUUGAUCGAUGCCUACUUUUUUUAGAGAAGUAACAAUUUCAUUCUCUAGUUUUUUACUGUCUCGGCUAAUCCAUUGCGCCCAUUCGUUAAUCUCGACAUUUCACCUUCACCUACCUUUCCUCUAAAGAAGACAAAAGAUAGAAUGUCAUCGCCGUCUUCCUCUGGUGUCCGCUAUAUGACGGUCCAGCAGCAAGUGACCGUUUCGCAUCAGGUCAAAGUUUGUGCGCAGUGUGGAAAGCGACUGCCUGAUGCGGUGGAGAACCGUGGCGCCUAUCGGACCGGCGCCAGUCUUGGUGGCUCGCUGGCGAGCUCAUAUGGUGGAUCUAUGGUAGGGGCUGCUGCCGGAACCGCGGUUUUCCCAGGUGUGGGCACGAUGGUUGGGGCACUCGCUGGAGCGAUCGGAGGCGCUGUGGGUGGCAGCAUGGCAGGCGCGGCCGCGAGCGACACAAUUUGCGACACGGUAGAAGCUUAUAGUGACUUUCUAUGCGAAGACUGUAGAGCGAAGGAGGACGCGCGGAUAGCGAGGAACCAAGAGAAUGCAAAUUCUUCAAGCACCAGCAGCGCUCCAAAAGCUGGCAUUCAGGGUGGAAGCUAUGUCCUUGGUGAUGGCAGUCCUUCAAGCUCCACAACGGUCCGGCAAAGAAAUAGUCAAAGAGAAUCUGCAAGGCCAUCACAGACCGGCUUGUCGAUGAGUGGUGGAACUGCAAGUGUGGGCAACACUACCAGAACGCCGCAAGAGGCAGCACAGAAUGAAGCAAAUGUUUCCGAAGAAGGUCGAGAGGGUUCUUGGUUUGGGCCCCUCGAAUCAUGGUGGAGCGGGACUCCAGCGGAUGAUGGAACCCAACCGCAGUCAGAGUCGUCAAGCGGAGAGUGGCGACGAAGUGCGAACGCUACAACUAGUACUUCUAGUACGAAAAAUGGAGUCUUCACUGGUAGAGGGCAUCGCCUCGGCGGAAACUAGAAGAGGCAAACAUGUUGCAGUCGUACCUGCUCCUCGGCAACUGAUUCCAACCUGGGCGAGUAACCCUUGUUCUUCUAUAGAUCAUGGCACACUUUUGAAUUAGGAUUGUGCCACCCAUAAACCAAUUGGCGCUAGAAAAACUCAUUUGCUGAUACGAUCUCGUCCCCUCGUUCCCCUUUCCGUGCCCCGUGAUAGGAACCGCGGCCCCUUUUGUUAAUCCAUCUUUUAAGACCGCUUCUUGUUGACAGAAAUGUCAACAGUAUUUCAUCCUUG